UAGUUUUCCCAGCCAGCUACACCAAAAGAAGUAAACACCACUCGUACAGAACACGCGUGGACAUAGUUUUGGAAGUCCGACAAAGGAAAACAAUUAAAAGAACCGACGGUUGCAAGAAAGAAUAGUUUCAAUGCUUUCAAUUUCGACAAACACAACAACACAAUCAUCAUCAUAAUUUAAGAGAGAGAAAAACACCAUCUCCAUUAUCCAAAAUCUAUUCUUACGCUUUCUUUUUCAUUAGUUAAUAAACUUGUUUUAACCUAACCCUGCAUUUUUUUUUACCAAUAAUAAAACACAAUUACUCUUUAAUUAUUCAUCCUUAUCCUAUCCUAGAUCUCGCUCUAUCAAUUUUCUUCAUUCUUCAUUUCCUUUUCAUAUUCUUCCGUUACACUCUUCUUUCAAUAAUCAUGAAUGAAUUUCAGUUACAAUAUAGUAUAGCAUUUAAUUAAUAAUAUUUCCAAUUUUGAAUUAAGGGUUGUUGUGAUUAGGGUUCCAAAUUCUAUUAUUGCUUUUUUUGAAUUUGAAUGGAACCUCGUGUUGGGAAUAAGUUUCGCCUUGGUAGGAAGAUCGGUAGCGGUUCCUUUGGGGAGAUCUACUUAGGUACUAAUAUUCAAACUAACGAAGAGGUUGCAAUUAAGCUUGAAAAUGUCAAGACUAAGCAUCCUCAGCUGCUGUACGAAUCCAAGUUGUACAGAAUUCUCCAGGGAGGAACUGGAAUUCCAAAUGUUAGAUGGUUUGGAGUAGAGGGAGAUUACAAUGUUUUAGUGAUGGAUCUGCUUGGACCUAGUCUUGAAGAUCUAUUUAACUUUUGUAGUAGAAAGUUAUCACUAAAAACAGUUCUUAUGCUUGCUGAUCAAAUGAUCAACCGUGUUGAGUUCAUUCAUUCGAAAUCAUUUCUACAUCGAGAUAUCAAACCGGAUAAUUUUCUAAUGGGAUUAGGAAGGCGUGCGAACCAGGUUUAUGCUAUUGAUUUUGGUCUGGCUAAGAAAUACAGAGAUAGUUCAACCCAUCAACACAUUCCUUACAGGGAAAAUAAAAAUUUGACUGGAACUGCAAGAUAUGCUAGCAUGAAUACUCACCUUGGCAUUGAACAAAGUCGAAGAGAUGAUUUAGAGUCUCUUGGUUAUGUUUUGAUGUACUUCCUGAGAGGGAGUCUUCCUUGGCAGGGACUUAAAGCAGGAACCAAGAAACAGAAGUAUGAGAAAAUCAGUGAAAAAAAGGUUUCUACAUCGAUUGAAGCCUUAUGUCGGGGUUAUCCAACCGAAUUUGCAUCAUACUUCCAUUACUGUCGCUCAUUAAGGUUUGAUGAUAAGCCAGAUUAUGCUUAUCUCAAAAGGAUAUUCCGCGACCUGUUUAUCCGUGAAGGAUUCCAGUUUGAUUAUGUGUUUGACUGGACCAUCUUGAAGUAUCAGCAAUCACAGCUUGCCACACCUCCAGCACGGGGCAUUGUUCCUGGUGCUGGAACCAGUUCUGCAUUGCCACCUGCUGUUACCAAUGCUGAUAGACAUACAGGAGCAGAAGGGCAACCCCCUGGUUUGGUUUCGGUGGAUUCCUCGAGGCGCAGAAUGUCGGGACCCAUUUUGAAUACUUUAUCAAGUUCCAAUGUCUUGGGUCAAUCAAGUGGAUCAUCUAGGCGAGUUGCUGUUUCUAGUAGUCGUGAUGCAUUUGUUGGUGCUGAGUCAGAUGUUCGUACACGCACCGCUGAGGCUAGCCCUGGAGCAGCAGCACAUAGAAUUUUGAGCGGUCAAAGAAGUUCACUAAUCGGAUCUUCUGAUCCCCAGAGAGUAGCACGGGCUGGAAGAAAUGCUUCUCAAGGCAAUAACUAUGAAAGUGCCCUUAGGGGCAUGGACGGUUUGCAGUUAGAAAAUGAUGAGAGAACCCAUUAUUAAUUUUUCAUCUUCUCAUCUUGUGACUGUGAGUUGAUAGCCUCCGCAAAAGCAAAAGUUGCUUAUGUUGUGAAGUUGAGCUGUGAGAAAAUUUGGAUCCGAACUUGAAUUUCCAGGUUUGUAUUAUUAACUCAUCCACUCAAAAUGGGUGAUUGUGCUUUGCUGUAAAGUUCAGGUUUAAUUGGCACUUCACUUCUGGCCGGAACACCAAAGUUUUUAACAUAUUUUCCUGUAUGUUACUGUAUUGGUUUACCUGAUGUUUACACUUUAUAGGACCACAAAGGUCAAAAUUAUCAAAUGUAAUUAGCCAUUGAAAUUGCACUCUUGUUGGAUAAGAUUCCUUUAGUUUCCACAAUGCAAGUGUCUGGAAAUUAUUCUGGAAUUAGAAACUUGGAAUGUUUUACCUUGUGUGGUUGCUAUCAAGCUGAAAUCAUAUUAUCUCUUCAGCUUUCUUCGAGUUA